AUGCUGGCGCUCACAGAGCACUUCGGACGCGCUUCCUCCGCGUGGGAUAGCGCGCUCGCUCGCGUCGCAAAUAUCACACUGGGCGAGAUCUGGUCUUCGGUCAACUAUCACCCCUUCCCCCGCUCGGUCAAUGUGCUCGCGAUUACUUUGGUCGUGCUGUAUAUGGGGAAGAUAUGGGGUAGGAGGCUGUAUACGUAUCGGCGAGCUAGGGAAAUCCGAGCGUAUCACUGGCCGGUACCUGAAGAAGCCAGCAGGAAGUGGACAGGCCGAGUCAUCGAGACUCCGUCGAUAUCUUCCCACUUGGAAGAUGAGUCCUUGCUGCCUCCUUCUUUCUCGAAGGACGGAGCUCAGCGGUCCCAUAUCACUUGCUAUGACCCCUCAACUGCAUAUCACCUGACGACUCUACCGCUCCUCUCGGCCGAAGAUGUCGCACAGCAGAUCCAACGCGCAGAUAACGCUCAGCCAACAUGGGCAGCAACGACUUUCGCGGAGCGUCAAAGCUUCCUGCGUAGUAUCAAGGCGUGGAUAUUGCGGGAUAUGGACGCAAUUGUCGAUGUAGCCUGCAGGGACACUGGGAAGAUACGCGUCGACGCGGUUCUUGGGGAGAUUCUGACGGUCCUGUCCAAGAUUGACUGGCUUCUCAGCUAUGGUGAAACGACCCUUUCGCCAAACAAGCGCCCUACCAACCUCAUGCUCGCCCAUAAGAUCUCGCACGUACACUAUCAACCCCUCGGAACAGUUCUUGCCCUCGUCUCAUGGAACUACUCCUUCCACAACAUGCUCUCCCCCAUCCUCGCCGGCCUCUUUGCCGGAAACGCCGUCGUUGUCAAGUGCUCCGAACAGGUCGCGUGGUCCAGCCUGUGGUAUAUGGGCGGGGUCAAGGCGUGUCUCAGAGCAUGCGGGAUCAGCCCGGAGGUCGUCCAGCUGGUUGUCUGUCUGCCGGAUGUCGCAGAGACGAUCACGAGGAACCCGCUUGUCCAGCACAUCACCUUCAUCGGCAGUGAACCCGUCGGGAAGAAGGUCGCCCUGGCCGCUGCGGAGAUCAUGGUCCCAACAUGCAUCGAGCUGGGCGGGAAAGAUCCUGCUUUCUUGCUGCCCUCAGCCAAUCUCAAGCAAUUCGCCAGUACUUGGCUACGCGCUAACACACAGGCCGGCCAGAACUGCAUCGGCAUCGAGCUUUUCCUCGUCCCCCGCUCCCUCGUCCCCUCCUUCCUCGAAAUCAUGCUCCCCCGGAUCUCCGCCCUCCGCCCAGGCCUCGAUCUCUCCUCACUCAUCUCGCACGCCCCCAUCGCCCGCCUACAGACCAUCCUCGCCCAGGCCGAAUCUAGCGGCGCGCGCAUCUUGACUGGCGGGAAACCCUACUCUCACCCCGAUUUCCCGCAUGCGAGCUACUUUGAGCCGACGCUGAUUACGGACGUGACGAUGGAUAUGGACGUGGCGAAGGAAGAGCUGUUUGCGCCGGUGAUGACGGUGGUGCCGUAUGAUGAUGUGGAUGAGGCUGUUGGGUGGAUGAAGAAGAGCAGGUUUGGGCUAGGGGGCGGGGUGUAUGGGGAUGAUCGGGAGGAGUGCAGGAGGGUAGCGCAGCAGCUGGAGUGUGGGAUGGUUUCGAUCAAUGACUUUGGCGUGUUCUACCUGAACCAAGCCAUGCCAUUCGGAGGCGUCAAAGCGUCCGGACACGGCCGCUUCGGCGGAGAAGAAGGUCUGCGAUCCUUGUGCGCCGUCAAAGCUAUCACGGAAGAUCGCUUCUUUUCGUGGAUUCGCACGCCAAUCCCCAAGCCAGUCGACUAUCCGCUUGUCAAUGCCGACAAAGCGUAUGGGUUCUUGGAUGGCUUAGUGGGGAUGUUUUAUGGGAGUGGGUGGAGGAGGGUGGGCGGAAUAGGGAAGCUAAUUCGCAAUGCAUGA